GUUCGUAAGUUAAGAAAUCAAACAUAUUUAUAUAUAUUAAAAAAAAGACAAAUAAAAAAUGCCAAUUCAAGAUUGUAAUACAUGUUGGCAUUCUACAAUGAUAUGUUGGAAAGAAUCAUUUAUCUUAAAAGUUUUAUUCAAAAUAUGUUAGAAAAUGAUUCAAAAUUAAAAAAAUAUUGUUUAAGUAACUUUGAAUGAAAUCAAAUAGAAAUAAUUUCUAAAGUACUUUUACCAGCCAAAAUUUGCAUAAAAAAAUUACAAACAGAACAGCUAACAGACUUCUAUGGUGCAUGGAUUACUUCCAAAAUCAAUGUAAACAAAAUUGAUAAUUGUUAUUCCCAAAAGUUACUAAUUAAUAUGAAUAUAAGAGAAGUUGAUAUAAUGAAUAAUAAAGCACUUAUAUCUGUCAUAUUUUUGGACCUUAGAUAUAAAAUAACUUUGACAGAAGAACAAUCCAUGGAAGCAAUAAAACAUUUAAUAAACUUGUGGAUUCAUAUGAAAAUGCUUGAAAAAAAGCAUCAAGAGUUAAUUAUUAGUGAUAAAGAUGUUGAUAAUUUGUCUGAUAUUUCCUGUGAUUCAAAAUCUAGUGAUGAAAUAGAACAGUUUUUAAAAGCAAACUAUUUACAAGAAUCUUUUGAUCAAAAUCAAACAAAUUUGAGUUUUUCCAAUUCUCAGAAAUUUAUUAUUUCAACACAGAUAGAAAAACUUUUAAAACCUUAUCAUAUUGAACAAAACAGAAUCUGAAAUAAAACUAACAUUUUAAAAUUCUGGAAAUCUAUGGAAACUAUUCACCCCGAGCUAUAUGAAUUAUCAUACAAUAUAAAGUUGUAUUUUCCGUACCUGCAACACAGAAGACCAACUUCUUGUUCGUACCAAUAGGCUCUUUUGGAAAAAAAGACACCCCUAAGUAUGAAAUUAUAAUGAUUAUGAUUAUUAAUGUAAAUGAGGUAUCAGACCUACAUCAGAAUGUGACUGUGGAAAUACGAUACAAACAAUUGAACAUAUUGUUAAAGAAUGUCCAAGGAGAUAAUUCAGCAAGGGCAUGAACAACCUCUAUAUGGCCACACUAGAAGCAGUUGAGUGGAUCUUGAAAUUGGAUAUCUAAAUCUAAGACUACAAAAUCUCGUAUCUAAUCUCUAUCCAAAUUUUAUAAAUAUAAACUUAAAUAUGUAUAUUAAAACUAUUGUUAUCCUAUGUUAUUGUUAUUCCAUUAUUCUAUACUUUGAAUUGUGACUGAUUUGUGAUUUAUGUUUUAUGUUUUAUUUUUUUAUAUUAAGUUACUUAUGAGUGUGUUUUGUAUUUAUAUAUUAGUUGUUAAUAGUUGUUAACAAUGUAAUGUUUUUGCUAUACGAUAAUAAUAAUAAUAAUAAUAAUGAUUUUGCUAUAUAGGUAUACAUUUAUUAAUAUUUU